CCCUUAAUCAUAACACACACACACACACACACUCUAAUUACCAAGUUGACUAGAGCAAUAUAACUCAUCACUUAAUAUGGCCACCAAAAUCCUAAAGCUCACCCUAAUUCUCUCUUUACUCAUAUCUCUAGCCUUGUUUGUUUCAUCAAAUGAUGAUGAUAUAAAUCAUCAUGACAUGGAAGAUGAUGAUGAGGAUGAAGAAGAGUUCUAUGUUGUUGACACCUCAUCACAACAUCAUGGAUCAAGAAGUAGAUUCUUGGCAAAUAUAAUAAAGAAAGGAAAACAAUGUAACCUUGAGAGUAAUAAUGUAUGCAAUGGAGUUAAAGCAAACAAGGGAAGAGACUUACUUUUUUGUUGCAAGAAGCAUUGUCGCAAUGUUUUGAGUGACAAGAAUAAUUGUGGUGUUUGUGGCCAAAAAUGCAAUCAAGGACAAAGAUGUUGCAAUGGAGUUUGUACCAAUGUUUUGUCUAAUGUUCAUCAUUGUGGCAAGUGUAACAACGAGUGUUCAGCUGGUCAUUUGUGUGGGAAUGGCUUUUGUGGCUAUGCAUAAAAGGAAGUUACAAUGAUUUCACAUUGCAAUUGCGAUCAACUAUGACGUGAAUCGUUUAUAUUGCAGUAAAAUAAAGACAAAUGUAGUUGAUGCACACAAAAUUAUUCUUGAUAUUAGAAGUCUAUAAACUAUAUAAUUUGCAA